AUGCUGAAGAUUUCCCUGCUGAGCGCCGUGCUUGGCAUCGCCUAUGCGGGCGUGAUUGGACCCGGACCCGGUCCCUACUAUGGCGGUCCAGCGGGUCCCGGACCGCUGCAUCAUUAUGGCGGAUAUGGCCCGCCGAGUGGCCCCCUGCCCGGUCCCUAUGUGGCGCCCAAGCCAGCUGCUCCCGAGCCCUACGAUCCCGAACCGAAGUACUCCUUUGGCUAUGACAUCCAAGACGGUUAUACCGGUGACCUGAAGUCGCAGCACGAGACGCGUCACGGCGAUGUGGUGAAGGGCAGCUACUCUGUGGUGGAUCCGGAUGGAACCAAACGCACCGUUGACUACACGGCGGAUCCGCAUCACGGCUUUAAUGCGGUGGUACGCAAGGAGCCGCUGGCCUACAAGGCACCAGCUCAUUUGGCACCUGUCCUCGCACCUGCACCCGCUCCAGCGCCAGCUCAUCUGGGCUAUGGCCCGGCUCCGGCUCCACCUCUACCGCCGGUGCCCAAGGCUCCCCUGCUCUCGUAUCCUUUGGCCUUGGGUCCCCUUCACCGGGCUGCUCCUGCACCCGCCCCCGCUCCUGCUCCCGCACCAGUGCCUGUGCCAGUGGCUGCUCCAGUCCUGCCCUCCGCCCACUUCCAUGCCGCCUAUCCCGCCCUGACCCACGGUCCCUAUGCCCACUAUCCGGCUCCUGCGCCCGUGGAUCCCCAUGCCUACUAUCAUCACUAA